GUAAGUGAAAUAAAUGAAAGCUGAGGACCUGCUAUAUACAGGCUCCUAGAAAUGUUUGAUCUUUUUUUUGUUUUAGCUGAAUCUGGUACAUCGAAUAAUGAAAGAAGUUUGGAAGAUAUAUCAGCUUCAUUCCUGCAUCUUCUGCUUUGAUGAGAGAGGAAGUGAAGCAGAGUUCAGAGUGUUUCACAUCAUGAGUCGAAUUCUGGAAGCUGCAAAUGGCAUGUGUAUGCCUUUACCUCCUGGUUUUCACACUCUGCACCUGGGGCUUGGUGUUCGAUGUCUUCCCCUUCAUACUCUCCUGCACUAUAUUGAUAAUGGGGUUCUACAUUUGACUGAAACCUGUGUCAGGAAAUUGCUGAAAGAUCUGGAUGACAAUGAGAAGAAUGAAAAGCUGAAAUUCAGUAUUGUGACAAGGCUUCCUGAGGCUCUUGGUCUAAAGGCCCGUCAUUUCUGGGAUCAUCCAACAAAUGCUAAUUUCCUUGCACGGAAGUAUGUGAAACUUUUGCUUGAGAAGCUGGGGAAUAGGCAGUGUAGCAGGCCUGUCCCUGAGAGACACCCAGUCCCUGUAGAAUUUUUGCCUCUUAACUACCUGACUAAUGUGCUGGCAGAGAUAGAGAAUCAAGGUGUGCAUUCGUAUGAAAAACAAGAUCAUAUUAAUGUCAGGUUUGUGGAGGACGCAGCACUGAAACACACGAUGAUGCUCUUGGGCCUCAGAUAUUCCUGAAAUGGCUUUCUUCAACUGCAUGUAAAUUGUGGUACUCAAAAUCAUUCAUAUACAAGUGUGCAGCCAACUCUGUAUUUUUUUUUUAAACUUAAAUGUCGUGUUGUUUGCUAAUUAAUCUGCAGUUUUGAGUAGCCACCAUUACUGACAUCAGCUUCUCAAAGUAGCAAUUGUCCAGUGCACUAAGGCUGAAAUUACUGACCUCUAGGUAAAUUGUAGAGAAAUGCAUCUGACGCAGACCUAGGUUUCCAACAUAUCUGGGGUUUCAGGUCUGAAGUGGUCAAAUCAGUGGAACUAGUGGGUAUCAAAACAUGCUGUGAAAGAUGAUAUUACUCUCAACAGUUUUAAUGAGACGGACAAUGCUGGAAAGGGUAGUCCAGCUGUACAGUAAUAAAAAUUGGCCACUAUUUACUCAUUUAGAUUAAUAAAGGCAUUUCUUGAUGUGAUGAUGUAAAAUAGGUAAGAAUAACAAAUGAGGCAUCAGUCUUUGUAUAUAAUGCAUCAAUAAUGAUACUCACUCCUUGUGGUGGUCAUGUAUUGUCUUACGUACUUCUGCCUUUGGAGUGGGAUUCUAAUAUAUUCAGCUAUGUAAUUAGCACAAAAUGUAGUCUCCUUAAAUUAUAUGGGAGAGGGAUUUUAUGUUAUGUUUGUUUUUUUUAAGAUGCUUAUAAUAUAUUGAAUGCAAUGUGGGACAAGAAGAAAAUUCUUUGGAAAUGUACCUUCACAGCAGCAUGAAAUGAGUUUUACUGAAUUCUUUCCUUCCAACUUUUAGAAUUACGGUUCAAAACUCAGCUUCAGGAAGAACUGCUGGAGGUUGUUUUCUCCUCAUUUUCAACUAUUAUUUAUGAAUAAUUGAAGUGGGUUUGGUUUUUGGUGUGCACUUUUUCAUAUUUUGAACAGUGACAUAAAUUUUUGUCAGUUGAAUAAUUUUUUUCAGUCUUGGACUGUGGAAAGCUGGGGUGGUGCAUUUGUGUAAUAUGUGGAGACUUCAUUCAUGUGCUAUUGAUAACCAGAGAUCUUCUACCCUAUUCUUUUUAAUGAAAUGUACUAUAAAAUAGAUGCAAUAAAACUUUACCCGAAAAAACAAAA